AUGGCAGAGCAACUAAAAUUUGUAGACUCUCACAACGUUGCUGGAUAUCUUAUGGAUCCACCUCCUGCUCAUCAAGAAUUCAAAUCCAUGAUGAGAAUCUAUGAACAAGUUAUUCGAGAAGUACUUGAAUUUGGUGAUGCUUCUGCAUUCCCAAUUGAGUACUCUGCUGAUCAAGUCAAGGAAGUUCUAGAGAUGAUGUGUUAUGAAGGAACCUAUCCUCCCACCAUCAAGAAGCUACUACCACCUUAUUGGAGGUUCCUGACACAUUCAUUUGUGAUUUGCAUUUCUAGAAGGAAGGGAGGAUUUGAUGAAAUUAGUCAGACUGUGACCUCAGCUAUUUUCGCUUUAGUAAUGAACUGGGAUUACAACUUUUCAAAGUUUGUUUUUGAAGAAAUGAAAAGCAACCUUCAGGGGAAGAAGAAGGACCUAUUUUUGAUGUAUUCCAUGUUCCUUCAAAUGAUCUUUAAUGAAAAAUAUCCCCUAAUUGAGAGGUCAUUUGAUACUUUGGCUAUGAAAGCCUUGGGUCCCAACACUUUUGGACUUAUGAAGCAAUCAAGAAAGGUUUUCAAAGUUGACUAUCAAAGACUAAAGGAAUUGGUUAAAUUUGGAAAGUUUUCCGAGGUUGAACGCUCUUCGGCUGUUAGUUUAAUUAAUGCUGAGAUUGUUGAGAAAUACAUGAUGCCCAAGCCAAAAUUUCAAUUUGCCUAUGAAGAAAUUGAAGUAUCUGAUGAUGAAGAAGAAGAAGAUCAAGAAAAGGAAUUGACAAAGAAUGAGUUUGAGGAUUUAAUUCAGCAAAGUAUUUCAAAUAUAGAAGAGGAUGCAGUUGUCACACCAUUUGAUGUGCCUGAAAGAGAUCGUGAUACAACUGUGCAAUCCUCUGUACCGACCCCUGAACAGGUGGAUGCUUUUAUUACAAAACUUCAGCGAACUGCAAGGAAGCCUCCCCAAAUAGUUCUUGUCACAACUGAACCUCCAUCUGAAAGUGAUCAAGAAGAUUUAGCACAUAACCUACUCCUAAGAAAGAGAAAAAGAAGAGACCCAAGCCUUAUUAUUGAAGAAGUCUUUCCCUCUGAAGGAGCUCAAGCUUCUGGAAGCUCUUUAGAAGCCCCUGAGUUGGACAUUUCAAAAGGCAAAAGCAAGUUGCCUGAGUCUAAAUUUGUGGAUGUCGCUCUGCUUCAGAACAUAGUUUUUGAUUUGGAACAAAGCUCAAUUGAAAAGGAUUUGAUUACUGGAAGACAAGAUAUUCGAAUCAGUGAGCUUGAAAAGGAGAAUUCCAUUAAAGAUGCAAAGAUUUCAGAACUUCAAGUUAAUCUUGGUGGAGAAAAUAUUUCAGCUUCUUGUUCAGGUGCUGCCGAUCCAACUUCACAGUCUUCUAGUGAAAGAGCUGUAAGACCUGCUCCAGAUGCUAACAUUGAUUCAUUUUUAUCUUCGGUUCCUAUUACUGCUCAAGAAAGAAGAGAGAAACAAACUAGGGUUGAGCAACUAAAAGGGAAAAUGAUCGUGAUGAAGCAUUCAAACCAAAAUGCUCCAAGUGAUCAUCCUGAGAAGUUCUUUAGGGAGUCUGGGGAGAAAUUCACAGAUAAAUAUGGGGAUCGUUCUGACAUCGUGAUGUGGGGAUAUGAUGCAGAAAAGAAAAUGUGGAUCGUGAAGCGGAAAAGCGGACAAAUUGAAUAUUAUGAGAAGAAAGUCGAAUUCUUGCCCUGGACAAAUGUUGAUCUUUCUGAACUCAUCGAUGCUCCUUUCUACAAUCCAACUAAUGAUAUCAUGACCUGGUCUUUUAAGAGUUUUCUUGAAGUCAAAGCAAAAAAAUAA